AUGGUCAAUGUACCUAAAGCCAGAAGGACUUCUUGUAAGAAGUGUGGCAAGCACCAGCCUCACAAAGUGACCCAGUAUAAGAAGGGCAGGUAUUUCCUGGAUGCCCAAGGAAAGAGGUGCUACGAUUGGAAGCAAAGCGGCUACGGUGGGCAGACGAAACCCAUCUUCUGGAAGAAGGCUAAACGGACAAAGAAGAUUGUGCUGAGGCUGGAGUGUGUGGAGCCCAACUGCAGGUCGAAGAGAAUGCUGGCCGUUAAGAGAUGCAAGCGCUCUGAACUGGGAGGAGACAAGAAGAGAAAGGGCCAAGUGGUCCAGCUCUAA